AUGUCUGGGACCGUUGGACAAGCCGCGGUUAGUGUCCCGGUCAAGAGGAAGCGUCUGGAGAAUGGAGACCCGAGCAAGAAACGGAGGAAAUCCGCGACCGACGAUGACAGCGAGCCCAAGGCGCAAAUCGAGAAACUCGAAAACGAGAUUUUCGAGUCGAAGAAGCAUUAUAACAACAUUGCGACCCUUAUAGAACUUGGGCAGAAGCAGGAUGAGGAUGCCAAAACCGGUCUUGCUGCCGCCGACGCUCUAUGUCGCGUCUUCAUCCGGCUGCUUGCUUCCGGCAGCUUGGUGAAGAGGAGGGACGCUUCAGAAAAAGACCUCACCGUCACGAAGUGGCUCCGAGAUCGUCUGGCAGACUAUAGGGGCCUGCUUAUAUCCAUGCUUCGGAAUUCCAGGCUGGCCCUGAACGCUCUUAUGCUCUCGAUGGCUCUGGUGAAGGCGGAAGCCCUGCAUCUUAAUGACAGGCAGGAAGCAGUAUUCCCACGAUAUUUCUUUUCCGACGUAGUUGCUGCUGUUUUUGAGUCCCUGGAUGAGUUAUUACGGGAAGAGCUUCUCAAGAAGUUCAUCAAGCAGUAUGACGACAUUAGAUUCUAUACAUUUGAGGCCAUCAAGUCCUUCCUAACUGACAGAGGAUCUUCUGUCAAUGAGGACAUUCGGAAUAAUGUGUUCCAGAUGCUCCUCGAAAUGGGGGAUGUGCCCGACUCGAGCGGGUCAAUGGAGCACUUCUACAUCGAGCAGCCCCAGAGGAAGAAGCACCCCUUGCGUUCCUUGUCGCAACACAAAAAGCAGGCGCAAGAGGCAUGGCUAGCCCUCAUGCACUUGGGUCUGAGCAAGGAACAAAGAAAAAAGAUCCUGGAAGUUAUGGCAUCCUCCAUCGCGCCCUGGUUCACUAAGCCAGAACUCCUUAUGGACUUCUUGACCGACUGCUAUAACUCGGGCGGAUCUAUCUCACUCCUUGCGCUCUCGGGCGUCUUCUACCUCAUCCAAGAGCGCAAUCUCGACUAUCCGGACUUCUACGUCAAACUGUACUCGUUACUGGACUCCGACAUUCUCCAUUCCAAGUACCGGUCCCGCUUCUUCCGCCUCCUUGAUAUAUUCCUUGGGUCAUCACAUCUCCCAGCAGUGUUAGUGGCGAGCUUCAUCAAGCGAUUGGCCCGCCUAGCUCUCAACGCGCCGCCUAGCGCGAUCGUCGUCAUCGUGCCCUGGUUUUACAACCUCUUCAAGAAGCAUCCACUCACGACCUUCAUGAUGCAUCGUGUCCCGCGAACAAAGGAAGAGAAGGACUUGCUGGAGAGCGAAGGCAUGGAGGACCCCUUCUUGCCGGACGAAACAGACCCGAUGGAGACGAAUGCAAUUGACAGCUGUCUCUGGGAGAUUGUGCAACUCCAAUCUCAUUACCAUCCCAAUGUCGCAACGAUAGCCAAGAUAAUCUCGGAGCAGUUCACCAAGCAGUCAUACAGUCUAGAAGACUUUUUGGACCACUCCUACGGCAGUCUGCUCGAGGCCGAAAUGUCCAAGGAGGUCAAGAAGCCUCCCGUGGUGGAAUACAUGAUUCCGAAGAGAAUUUUCACCAAGGCUAGACCGGACCCGGAGGAGAAAGACAGUCUCCUAGUUGGUCUCUGGAACUUUGGCUCUCCAUAG